AGUACGCACGUGAGACAGUUGGAAACACGUUUGUUUUGCAACUGUUAUAUUUAUCCAGAUGAAGUAAACAUUAACUGACUGGAAAUCAAGUCGUUGGAAGUAACGUUAGAUAUCUCACAGAAAGGAGAAGAUGGAGGGGAAGGAGCCAAAGAAGGAACAGAAGCGGCACCAGCAGAAGCACAGCGGGCCCAAGGCGGAGAGGAAGAAGAGCAGGAAGCAGCUGGGAACUCCAGCCGGAGAUGACGAGCGCAAGAGGAACCCCAAAGCGUUUGCGGUCCAGUCAGCAGUGCGCAUGGCCAAAACCUUCCACAGAGCCCAGGACCUAAAGGUCAAGAAACAUCACAUACCCCUGGUGGACCGCACCCCUUUAGAGCCUCCCCCAAUAGUGGUGGUGGUGGUAGGACCCCCCAAGGUGGGCAAGAGCACCCUCAUCCGCUGCCUGAUCAAAAACUUCACCCGGCAGAAACUAGCGGACAUCUGCGGGCCUGUGACUAUCGUCUCUGGAAAGAAGAGGCGUCUUACCUUCAUCGAGUGUAGCAAUGACAUCAAUACAAUGAUUGACUUGGCAAAGGUUGCUGACCUGGUGCUGAUGCUCAUUGACGCCAGCUUCGGGUUUGAAAUGGAGACCUUUGAGUUCCUCAACAUCUGCCAGGUGCACGGCUUCCCGCGCAUCAUGGGCGUGCUCACCCACCUGGACUCGUUCCGCAACAACAAGGCCCUUCGCAAGACCAAGAAGCGGCUCAAGCAUCGCUUCUGGACUGAGGUCUACCAGGGUGCCAAACUCUUCUACCUGUCCGGUAUGGUGUACGGAGAGUACCAGACCCAGGAGGUCAAGAACCUGGGCCGCUUCAUCUCCGUCAUGAAGUUCCGCCCGCUGGUGUGGCAGCAAUCUCAUCCCUACGUCGUGGCCGACCGCAUGGAGGAUUUGACGGACCCCGAGAUGGUGAGGGUGGACCCCAAGUGUGAUCGUACUGUAUCUCUCUAUGGCUACCUGAGGGGGACAUACUUGAAGAGUAAAGGCCAGGUCCAUAUCCCUGGUGUGGGGGACUUUGCGGUGGCAGACAUCAGCUUCCUGCCAGACCCCUGUGCUCUGCCUGAAGCGCAGAAGAAGAGGGCGCUAAACGAGAAGGAGCGGCUGCUCUACGCUCCCAUGGCAGGGGUCGGGGGGGUCGUGUACGAUAAGGACGCAGUGUACAUCGACCUGCCCGGCGGCCACGUCAAUCAAGAACAGGAGGAGGUCCGUCCCACCACAGAGUUGGUCCAAUCCCUCAUCAGUACACACACCACCCUGGAUGCCAAGAUGGCCGCCAGCAAAGUGUCACUGUUCACAGGGGCGGCUGCCCUGACCCCCGGGGAAGUGGAGGAGGAGGAGGAGGAGAAUGGGCUGACGUCAGGACCCCAGGAGAGCCGAGUCUGGGACCCUGAGACACAGAGAGAGAGGAGGAAGGCUGUCUUCACUGAAGAGGAAGAUGAUGAUGAUGACAGCGAGGGUAGCAGUGACGAAGAGGGGGAUGAGGAAGGAGAGUCUGAAGAAGAGGAUGAGGGGGUAAACAAAGGGGAAGAAGAAGAAACUGUUUUGAAGAAAGAGGCUAAGGACAAAACUGAACCAAAAGAGAAGCAAGGAAUAAAGACCAUCCCUCCAGUGAAGAGACAGAAGAUGGAGGAAAGGAAAGUGGAGAAAGAGCCAGUGGUGGAGGUACCUGCCUUUGCAGACAGUGAGGAUGAGCUGGAAAUGAGUGAGGAGGAGGAAGGGGGGAAGGGAGAGCAGGAGAGUGAAGGAGAGGAAAGCGAUUCGGAGGGGGAAGAAGACGGUGCAGUGGAAAAGGGUGAUCUCAAACCGAUAGACUCGGGUCAUUGCUCGGAGGAGGAGGAUGCGAGUGAUUCAAUAGAGGAUGACUGCGAAACCAUUGUCUCGGGCAAAGAAAGCAAGAAGUCGAAUGCCAUCUCCAAAAUGGAAGAGGAAGAUGAGGAGAUGGAGGGAGGAGAGCUGUGCUAUGAAAGUGCAGGGUCACUGCGGUGGAAGGAGGGCCUGCAACAGAAAGCGUCGGAGGCGUUUCUACGGCAACAGCGCGCCGCCCCCAACCUGCGUAAACUGGUGUAUGGCACAGUGGGAGAGGAUGAUGGUGAUGGGGAGGAGGAUGAGGAGGAGCUGGGAGGGCUGUUUCGAGUCAGCCGCCCCGAGAAGGGCAAGAAGCAUCGUGCGGACGGCGUGGACUGCUCCCGUUUUGACCCCGAUGCCGCUCGCAAUUGGGACCUGGAAGAGAUGCUGGACUCGAUACGGGACUGUUUUGUGACGGGGAAAUGGGAAGACGAUCAAGAUGCUGCUACAUUGCUGAAAGAGGAUGAGGAGCUGUAUGGGGACUUUGAGGACUUGGAGACGGGGGAAGUGCACAAGGGGAAAGCUGCCAAGCAGAAGGACCAAGCCAAGGAAGAAAGUGAGGAGGAGGAGGAGGAGAAGCUGAUGAAGGUGGACGACGAGACCCAGAAGAACAAGCGCCUGGAGAAGAAACGGCGGCUGAAGGAGCGUUUCGACACUGAGUACGACGACGGAGACGCCACCUACUUUGACGACCUCAAGGAGGAGAUGCAAAAACAGGCAGAGCUGAACCGGGCUGAGUUUGAGGACGUGGAUGACGAGACACGGGUCCAGUACGAGGGCUUCCGGCCUGGCAUGUAUGUCCGUCUGGAGAUCCCCUCCCUGCCCUGCGAGUUUGUCACCAACUUUGACCCCCACUAUCCCAUCAUCCUCGGGGCUCUAGGUGCCAGCGAGGGGAACGUAGGCUACCUGCAGAUGCGGUUAAAGAAACAUCGAUGGCACAGCCGGAUCCUGAAAACGCGCGACCCCCUCAUCCUGUCCCUGGGCUGGCGUCGCUUCCAGACCAUCCCUUUGUACCACAUCGAGGACCACAACGGGCGCCACCGCCUGCUCAAGUACACACCGCAGCACAUGCACUGUGGUGCCACCAUCUGGGGUCCCAUCACACCUCAGGGUACUGGCUUCCUGGCUGUGCAGUCAGUCGCAGGAACUAAGACCAGUUUCCGCAUCGCAGCUACAGGAGUCGUCCUUGACCUGGACAAAUCGGUGACCAUAGUCAAAAAGCUCAAGCUGAUUGGCUACCCAUACAAGAUCUACAAGAACACAUCAUUCAUCAAGGGGAUGUUCAACAGCGUGCUGGAGGUGGCGAAAUUUGAAGGGGCCUCCAUCCGAACAGUCAGUGGGGUCAGAGGUCAAAUUAAGAAGGCCCUGUCAACGCCGGCGGGAGCCUACAGAGCCACAUUCGAAGACCGGCUGCUGAUGAGUGACAUUGUGUUCCUGCGCUCCUGGUACCCGGUGUCAGUCCCUCAGCUCUACAACCCCGUGACCUCCCUGCUGAUGCCAGCGGGCCAGAAGGACAGUUGGUCGGGCAUGAGGACGGUGGGCCAGUUGAAACACGACCUGGGGAUCCGCAACAAGCCGAACACAGACUCGCUGUACAAGCCGGUGGUGCGAGCGCAGCGCCACUUCAACAAACUGCACAUCCCCAGGGAGCUGCAGAAGGCAUUGCCCUUCAAGAGCAAGCCCAAACAGGACCAGCCCAAGGGCAAGACGCCCAAGGACCUCCAGAGGCCCGCUGUCAUACGGGAGCCCCACGAGAGGAAGGUGGCGGCGCUGCUCAACGCACUGAGCACAGUGCACAACUACAAGAGCAAGAAAGCGCACACGGCGCAGCACGCUAAGCACAAGGACUUCCUGCGGCAGCGGGACAAGGCGGAGGAGGACAAGCUCAAGAGGCAGAAGGAGGCAAAGAAGAAGCUUUACCGUAUGAUGGGCCAGAAGGAGAAGAAGAGUCAGAGGUCCAGUCUGAAAGGGGCCCCGCUUGAUGACUGAUUUGUAAAUCAAUGUGACUCUCUUAAAGACCAGUGUAAUAACUUUUCGGCCUACCAAUGGAAUGGAAUUAAUCCUCUGUUUAAGCAUAAUCUGUUGGGCUGCAGUGGAGUAGGGUGAAAUCGCCCCUAGAUGCUGAUCUUGGGUCAGUUUAGCAGUUUCCCCGUUAAAGGGAUACUUUGGGAUUUUGGCAAUGAAGCCCUUUGUAUUCUUCCCUAGAGUCAGAAACUCAUUCAUGGAUACGAUUUCUAUGUCUCUGCAUCCAGUAUGAAGGAAAGAUUGGGGGAGGGGAAGCUUAUCCUAGAUCUGUACCUAGGGGGAUCUUCACCCAGAGGGUCUGCAGUACUGGGGUAGGAGACAGUGCAAAUGCAAGGAAUGGAUGAACAUCCUUCAGCUUCUGUAGCCUGGUUGUGUAAUGUGGUUUUUCAACGCCAGUUAUUGACAACUCAUUUUGAGUGGUUCCAUAGUGGAACUAAAAAGAACUGUAUAUUAGUCAUAUCUUGACCACUUUUCCAGCUUCAAUCUUGCGUGGUGUUUAAAUAAAAAAUA